GCUUUCAGAAUUCAGCGGAGCUCUCGGACUUCUAUCAAGGAUUAUGAGCUAUUGAGUUUAUUAGGUCAAGGAGGUUUUGGAAAGGUAUACCUCGCCAAGCACAAGCAUUCAGAAGAAAAAGUUGCCAUCAAGACUAUAAAAAAGGGAUGCAUAGAUUCUGCUUAUAUGACUGACCAGAUUAUACACGAGAAGAGAUUGCUUAAAUUAGCGUCAGUAAAGCAGACCCCUUUCCUUGUUGGCUUAUUUGCCUCUUUUCAAACCACGCAUCACCUCUGUUUAGCAAUAGAGUAUUGCCCUGGAGGUGACUUGGCGGAUCGUCUGUUAAAGGGUAGCAUUAAACAAGAAACAACUGUAUUUUAUGCUGGUUGUGUUGUGCUAGGGUUGCAAUUCCUACACAAAUACAACAUUAUUCACCGAGACAUAAAGACAAGCAAUAUAGUGAUAGGCCGCGAUGGAUACGCAAAGAUCACUGAUUUUGGCCUUGCCAAACGACGUAAGACACACAUUUGCCUUUGA